AUGGAAGAAGUUUUAAACACGCUAAUUUCAAUAAAAAAAGAACUGGAAGAACAAAGAAUUGAAAUUAGAGAAACUGGAAAAAAUGUUACGGAAAAAGUUACACAAAAUAUUACUAGUAUAUUCGAGGAGAAAUUUUUGGUCUGGGAAGGAAAACUUGGAGAAAUGAAAGAAAAAGUGGAAAAUCAAGAAAAAAGAAUUCAUUACCUGGAAAAACAAACAAGAGUAAGAAACUUAGUAUUUUUCGGUAUCGAGGAAAACGAAACAUCAUACAAGAGUUUCGAAGAAAAUAUAAUUAAAUGGAUUGAGCAAUAUUUCUCUAUCAAACUAACCUACAGCGACAUUCAAGAGAUAAAAAGACUGGGAAAGAAACAAGAGAGACCACGUCCAACUGUUGUAACUUUCACUACACUAGGAAUAAAAAUCGAAAUAUUUAAACAAAAAAGAGCGCUGAAAGAUACACAGUACUAUAUGAAAGAAGACUUCCCCAAAUAUGUACUUGAAAAAAGAAAGGCACUACAGGAACAACUGAAAUUAGAGAGGGAAAAGGGAAAUACAGCUAUACUCAAAUAUGAUAAACUAAUUGUAUCAAAAUACCAAAGUAAAAGAAAAUACCGGUCAUCUCCAGACAAUACCCCACAAAUCAAUAUAGACAAGUAUACUCAGGCUAGUAAAAAAAACAAGACAAAGCAGAUUGGCAAGACAGUCACUAGGUCAAAUAGUAUCACAGAAGGAGUCAUAAAACCUAGCAUGCUCAACUUCUUAGUUAACAAAAAUACAAUCAAAACUAACAACAACCAAGAAAGUAACAGCGAGAAUAUAUAG